UGGUAGUUUUUCUAGGAUUUUUCAUGGGUUUUCUAAAAUAAUACAACCGAAAAAUAGGAACGAGAUUAAGAAAAUGAUUCAUCUUUAAUUAAUAGGUUGUAUGGUAACUAAGUUAUUGGUAUUUUAUAUAAAAUUAAAUCAAUAACAGUAAUUCUCAUCGAAAUGCUACGAUCAUUAGCGAAAGUGUGCGUGGAGAAACAAUAUUAUAUAGGAUCAAAGGAUGUUUUCGGUGUAUUAUAUGCUAGAACACAGUCACAAGCCACCACCAGGGACCAUCGUACAAAGAAACUGAGGAAAUACAAGACGACUGUGAUAACUUCAAAAGAAAUAAGACCUCAAAAUGUUGAACAAUCGGCCGCCGCACACGACGGGCGUUGCGCCCCCCCGCCCCCGCCCUCGCCCUCGCCCCCCCCGCCGCCGAAGUCGCCGCGCAGCUGGGCCGCCGUCGCCGCCCUCAUCGCGUCGGCCGCGCUCGGGGGAGGGGUAUAUUUCUACAAGAAAUAUCUAGCGACGGAUGAGAGUGCGCCCUCUGGCGGACGACUGAAUGAGUCGAGUUCGGGCGGCGCGAGCGCGGAGGAGCGGGAGGAGCGGGCGGAGCCGGCCAGCGGUGCGGGGCUGCCGGCGCACGCGCAGUUCCUGGUGCUGGGCGGCGGCACCGCGGCGUUCGCGGCCAUGCGCGCCAUCCGCAGCGCGCGGCCCGAGGCGCAGGUGCUGCUGGUGUCGGAGGAGCGCGCGCUGCCCUACAUGCGGCCGCCGCUCAGCAAGGAGGUGUGGCGCGAGGCAGGGCUGGCGCGCGCCGCCGACGCCGCCGGCCCCGACGCUCUCACCUUUCGCCAGUGGAACGGGCGGCGCCGGCCGCUGCUGUACGAGCCGCCGGCGUUCUACGCGUCGCCGGAGCGGCUGCGCGAGGGCGGCGCGGGCGCGGCCGUGGCGCGCGGCUGGCGGGCGCUGCGCCUCGACGUGGAGCGGCGCGAGGCGCUGCUGGCGACGCCGCGCGGCGACACGCACACUCUUACCUACGACAACUGCCUCAUCGCCACCGGGGCCCGAGCCGUGCGCGUGCCGGAGCUGGCUGCGGUGGCGGCGGCGGGGCGAUCGCUGGCGCUCCGCACGGUGGCGGACGCGGCGCGCCUGGCCGAGCUGCUGGAGCGGCCCGACACGCGCGACGUGCUGCUCGUGGGCGCCGGCCCGCUCGGCGUGGAGCUCGCCGCAGCGCUCGCCGAACGCCUGGGCGAGAGGGUGCGCGUGACGCUCGCGUACCGCGGCGCGACGCCGCUGGAGCGCUCGCUGCCGGCGUACCUGGGCGCGGAAGUGGCGCGGCGGCUGAUGGACGCGGGCGUGGCGCUGCUGCCGUGCGCGGCGGUGGCGGGCGGCGCGAUGGAGGCGGGGCGCGUGCGCGUGGCGCUGGCGGGCGGUGGCGCGGCGCUGGCGGACGUGGUGGUGGAGUGCGCGGGCGCGGAGCCGGCGGCGGAGCUGGCGGCGGCGUCGGGGCUGGAGCUGCACGAGGGCGCAGUGCUGGUGAACGCGGAGCUGCAGGCGCGUGCGGGCGUGUGGGCGGCGGGCGACGCGGCGAGCGUGUGGUCGGCGGCGCUGGGGCGGCGGCGCGGCGAGCACCACGACCACGCCGUGCUGUCGGGCCGCCGCGCCGGCGAGAACAUGCUGGGCGCCGCGCGCGUCUACGACCACCUGCCCAUGUACUGGAGCGACGUCGGCCCGCGCCUCGGCUACGAGGCGGUGGGCAUCACUGACGCCAGUCUCCGCACGGUCGGCGUGUUCUCAUCGGACGCCGUGACGACGACGGCGGUGGAGGGGAGCGCGGUGGCGGAGGGGGCGGAGGCGAAGGGGGCGGAGGCGGCGCGGCGCUACGAGCGCGGCGUGGUGUUCUACCUGCGCGGGGAGCGCGUGGUGGGGGUGCUGCUGUGGAAUCUGUUCAACCGCAUACAGCUCGCUAGACAGGUCGUAUCACAGGGCAAAUUUGAUGACUUGUUCGAGGUUGCGAAGUUGUUUGCCCUUCAUGAGGAAGAAUAACAUGUCAAUGUGAUCCAAAGCAUUUACUUGUACUGUGUACAUACUGUUGAUUAAAAUAUGUAAUAUAUUAUUUUGC